AGAGGCACUCCCUCGGAUACGUCCGGAUCCCACUACUCUCCUCUCCCUUCCCCCCUUUUUCUAGUCUUCCUUCUGGAUAUAUCCUCUCUUCUUCCUUCGAGAGUGAUUUAGUCGGCCGACAGACGACGGCCCUUUUUUUUCCGUAGUCUCCUCUUACUCAUUGACAAUUCAUUAUUUUUGUUUUGUUUGUUUUACUUGUACCCAUUUCGGUGCGGAUAUAUCAUUAAAGGAUAUGAUAUAUCCAUCGAUAAGAAGAGAACAUGAUCGUAUUCAUUAUUUUUAUUUAACGUUUAUCAUUGAGAAUUAGAAAUAGAGAGAGAGAGAGAGAGAGAGAGAAGGAGAGAAUUUAGAAAGAGGGAGAGGGAGAGAGAUGGAAACACGCGCGAAACUAAUAUUGUAACGUGAAAAAUCUAAUUUUCUAUACGUGAGAGGGAUUUGUUUUGUUUUGUUUUGUUUUGUUUGGUUUUUGUUUGUUUGUUUUAUUGGGGAUGAUUAUUCGGUGCAACACUACAAGCCAAGCCGGUUGAUCUUCUCUACUGCACUCAGGAUUAUGCACCUUUAUAUUUCAUCAAUUUCUUCUUCAACAUUUGUAUCCAAACACGUGUGAGAAGAUUUUUUGUUGACAGAAUAUGACAGUCAGAAUUAAUAUUAGGAAAACGCGUGAGACGAACACUUGUUGGUGAAUGCCUCAAGAAAGCAUUCGUUGGCAAGGAACUCAGAGGAGAGCAUGUGGCCCAGGGGCGCAAUGGAACGUUCAGGUGGUCAGAGGGAAGGUGACAACGCGAUGUUUGUGGCAUGCUUGCAAAGCUCUUGGUAUCGGACUUCUCUUAAUGCUUUUGGGAGCUUGCAUGGCGACUAUAGGUUAUUACGCGGAUCAAUUGUCGGUGGCGCAAGAGAUAAGAGGUAAUUUGACGAUUAAAGUGAAAAAUGAAUCACGAGAGUUUCAUUUGAACAACCUCAGUUACGCCGGGCCGAUAGUCAUGGGUGUAGGAGGAUUUAUCGUUGUGGCAGUAUGCGUGAUGACCUUCGAGGCACGCGAUAGCGCAGCCAAAGUGGUACCGGCACGUUUUAGAUUCAAUCAAAGUACGUUGAAAGGUGUUAAAACUCAACGAAAUCGUAGAUCAACGUCUUGCCAAACUACUAACAAUAAAUGGGAUCAUCAAUAUGGCCUCUUCAGGAUAAAUCGUAGCUUGAGCCCGAGCGCUCAGGAAAUAUCUCGAAGACAAUUGAAGGCCGAAUUGGUUAGAUUUUCACGUGAAUUACAAGAGAAAAGUGUAUCCCAUACGAUCAAAAAAAGUCCCAGUGCUCCGAUUUUGAUAGAUAAGAAAUCACCACGUAGGGAGGCUCCUCAGUAUUCCGGUUGUGCGCUUUUAAAUCCACAAUUAUUGCAGAGACAUGCAUUGUCCGUUGAUAAUCCAGCUUACAGUCCACCUCAAGUCAGUCGGGAAAGUUUGGAAUAUCCAAAAUUAACUGGUAGUCAAGCUUCCAUGGCAAUGGAUCUUCAUAUACCUAAUAAAGGACCGGUUACGUUAAGGGUCAGAGAUCGAUCUGAUACAGCGAGACGCCAUCAGUUGCUUCGGCAAACAAAAAUCGAAGAUGUUGAGGAAAUCAUGGAAUCAAAAAGGCCAACUUCUGGGUAUAUAUAUUCACCUAGAUUAUCAGGUGUAUACAACAAGUAUCCUGCCGAGUACGUAAUUGGAAAAAGGAAUUCAGUGGACGUAAGAUAUCUGGACGAUCUCAAUAUCCUUUCGAGAGAUACAUCUAAAGUAUCACCGCGAGAUUUUCGAAAAUCAUCGUCACCGAAUUUUCGUAAAAUGUCGUUGGACAGAAUAGGUGGUGAACAUAGGUUGGACAAAUCGAUGGGCCAUCGUAAGGCCAGUUUGGAAUUUAGAAAAAGUCCGGAUUUCCGUCGAGGUGAUUACAGAAAACUAUCGGUGGACAGAUUCAGCGUGGAUUAUACUAGAUGCGUAAUGGACGAGGUUGAAUUUAGAUCAAAAGCAAACAGCGGGGAAAGUCUCAAGAGACAACAACGUUAUCCUAAACUUCAUCAUUCACGAUCUGACGACAACAGAAGACGUUCCUUUGAUAAAAGUCAAAGGGAGUCUCAAUCGAGCAGAUAUUCGUUGAACACUCAAGGUCCUACUGACAGUGCUGAUUACGAUUUAAGAUAUUUCAUAUCAACUUCAUUGAGCACCGAGGAAAGUCGUACGGAAAAUCCCGAUGACAGUCACGGUUUUGACAUUGACGAAUCUUUGACCAUUCCUUCACCGUUAGAAGGACAAGCUGAAACUGAUACGCUAUUGGAAGAACCCGAAUUAGAAAAUUUAACGGAAAACGAUACGGAAAAUAACGUUGAUUGUUUUCAUCGUUGCGAAAAUAUCAAAAAUGUUGAUGACGAUUCGAGAAAGGUUGAUGAUAUGAUGUUGCAAGAUUGGGAAAAUGUUUUGAAGGAAUCGGAAAGAAAGAGGGAAACUAUUUUGUGCAUAGAGGACGACGAAGUUUGAAAUCUGUUACUUUAUUAUUAUUAUUAUUAUAUAUUACUUCUUUAAACGGGUUUCUUUUUUUCUUUUUUUUUAAUUAAAGAAAUAAGAAGACUUCAGAAUGAAUUUUCGCGAAUCGAUUAUGUCUUCUAGUCGAGUUUAACUAGUCCCACUUUUUUGAUCAUUGAAAUUUCACAUGGUACAAACGAUGAAUAUAUUUUAAGCUGUAUAUAGUUAUAACAUAUAUAUAUAUAUAUAUAUUUGUGUAAUUUCAAUAAGUGCGUUUUAAAGGAACAAUACGUUGAAUAUAAGUAUAAAAGAGAGAGAGAGAGAGAGAAAGCAGAAGAAAAUUGAAAUUAUCAUUUACAAUUAGAUGGUUGAUUCAUUAAGCGAGCCCAAUUUAGGCUGAUUGUGAGAUUGAAUCAUUUUGUGGACCAUUGUGAUUUUAAAUAGAGAAUACAAUUCUGUGAUCUGUAACGCGUAGCAAUGGUGUCAAACGAUGAUUAAUAAUGGUGAAUCGUGACAAAAGAACGAGCUUUUUAAAUUAAACUAAACAAACAUUUUACAAAGUUUUAAUACAACCCUACAGCGCGUUGAUACGGCCUUCGAAUUAAUUAUUAUAUCUCAUCGAUGUUUCAAAAUGUUCAAUAUUUAUUGUGUAGAUAAAUUGUUGUUGUAUAGGAAAGAAACAAAAAGAAAAAAACAAAAAAAAUAAGAGAAAGAAAGAAGGAGUAAACAGUAAUGGCGGAUUAACCCUUUGUUCUAUCAAUGAAUUUCCGAUUGUUUGGGUCAUAAUAAUCAAAAAACUACUAUCAUCAAUAUUAGAUUGUCUUUUUUUAUUGACAUGAUUAAUUCAUUUAAGGAAUUAUAAAAAGAAAAAAAGAAAAAAGUUACACGUAAUUGAAAUAAGAAAAUAUCGAGAACAAUUGAAUCACGAGUCUGACUCGUGUUGAUUACUUUUGGUCCGAAGUACCACGAAUCAGGUUCGAGUUUCACUUAUUGUAGGACAAGGGGUUAAGUGGUACCAGGAUUAAGGCCUUGGAAUAUCGAAAAGGGUCCCCAAAAGGACCCCGAAAUAUUAAAAUUAAUUUACGUUUCUUUUUUUACUAAUAAUAUUAAUUAACUUAUUAAGGUAUGAAAUUUUUCAUUAGAAUAACUCAAUGAUUAUUUUUUUGUUUUAACUUUAUUUUGUCGAUUCCGAAAUUCUGAUUCCAAUUGUUUCGUGUCCCCCCCCCCUUCCCCCAAUUAUUUCGAAAAUAAACAAACGGGCCGUGCAAAGUUUUACAUCUUGGUUCAAACUCAUUAGAGUUUGUUUUACUUUUUAUAUUAUAAUCCCGAUCGAAUAUAUAAAUUAUUAAUUAUAUAUUAACAAUUGUUUCAAUGUCACGAAUGAUCGAAGAAAAACCUAACCUAUAAAACGGACAAUAAAAUACGCCCGAGUGUAAUCAUCACGUGACAUUUAAAAAAUUUUCUUUGGAGUCUAAAUAGGUCGGCCAUUUUUAUUUACUCCCAUCAUCGAACAUUAUUUGACUAUGUUCAAUAUUUUCAGUUAUGUAUUAUUAUAAGAAAAAUAAUAAUAAUAAUAAGAAAAGAAAAAAGAUCGUACGUAAACGAUUGUUUUUGUUGUUUGUUUUUUAUUUUUCAAGUAAAACGUAUUUUAUUAUUGAAAGUGUGUGAAACAAUGAUAAAGCGUCAAUACAAUCAACUAAAAUACUUGUAAUGCUAGCGUGUAAAUGAUAAGCCAUUGUGUUAAUUCGAAUUUCGAAGAAAAUAAGACUAAUUGGGUGACAUCAAAUGUCUCCUCAUAGGUAUCUUAUAUAUAUAUAUAUCUAAAAUUUAAUGAUUGUGUUAAAAAUAAAGGUUAAA